GCUCUUGCUGCCGUAGUGGCCUUCGAGGACACCGGUACCAGCCUGGGGCUCGGGUUGACGGGGGCCUCCACCGUCCGGCCCUUUCCAGUCAUCUUAGGCCAGGGUCUCCCGCCACAGGCCCGGACUACUGCCCCAGGCUUUUUGCUUUGCGACCUUCAAGAUCUUGUAGGAUAGUUAGCAUUAUGCCCCUUUUAUUUCUUUCUUUCUUUCUUUUUUUUUUUAAAUGAGGAAACUGAAUCCCAGAGAACCGUAGCAAAUUGCCCAGGGUGACACAAUCGAUAAUUACCAGAGACUCAAAAGUCUUUUCCUUUAUGGCAAUCUACAUCCCAAACUUCGUGGCUUUUUUUUUUUAAAUACAGUAUAGAUGGCUCUUGCUGAGGGAAGGGUUUGUGUGGAAAUAAGUCAGGAGGUGUUAUGAGUCUAUUUGGGAAUUUCUGUAUCACUGUGGAUUCUGGGGAAAAUUACUUGACUUUGCUGGAUCUCAGGUUGAUUUUUUUUUUUUUUUCAUCUUUAAAAUGUAACUGGAUCUGAAGACUGGUACUUUACCUGUUUGUUCAUGAGCCCCGUGUUCAGAACUGUGAUGGAACUCCCUCCUUGCAAGGUUGCUUCCCUCCAUCUCUUGAGUUCCUUCCCAGUCCCACACAACCUAUUGGACCUCUACACCAUCAAAGUUACCGAUUAUUCCUUAGACUGGGCUUAAAAGAUUUAAACAAUCUCUGACAACUCAUUCAAUUCCUAUUAGAUGGCAGACGCUUCGCCUCCACGAAGUUCUCAACAGAUGGAGAAAGUCAGUAGAUAGCAAAAGAAGGGGAGUGAUUGGAGUGGUCAGAGCAAAUGGCAAUCUUUAAAACAGAUAUGAAAGAAAUAAGAAAAAAAUGUUUAAAACUAAUUUGUUUUCAUAGUGAAAUUGAUGAGGACAUUGCAACAGUUUUUUUUUUAAUGGAAAAAUAAUCUGAAGAAAACUUUCUUAGGAAAAACACCAUUGCCAAAUUAAUACAGCAGUAUCAGUGAGCUGCAGAUGAGAUAUGGCAAAAGUUAAACCAGCUCAAAAAAUUUUAUGAGAACUCAGAGGGAAAAUAUAAUAGAAACUAUUGAGAGGUAAAGGUACGAGAUAUGGAGAAUGGAUCCAGAAAACUAAUAAUCAAAUAUGAGUCCAGAAGGUGAUAACAGAACUGACUGAGGAGGAGCAAUAAUCGAAUAUAUAAUAGAAGAAAAUUUACUCAGUUGAUGGAAAAUUUGGAUUUAAGACUUAAAUUCAACCCUCAGAUUUAAAAGGUUCAUGUAAUGCCAGGUAGAAAUAAGUGAAAAGACAACCAUAUUUAGACCUGUAUCACAAUGAAAGCUGAGUUUAAAGAAUUAAAAUAUGUGCUGAUAUAGUCAAGAUACAUUGUUAAUUUUUUAAGCCAAUUGCAGAACAAGAUAUAGAGUAUGGUUCUGUCUGAGUGCAGCAAAACCAUUUAUUGCAUAUGUAAAUUUCUAUAUAAAUACAUCAAAAAAGAUGUGGAAGAAUACAUACCGAACUUUUUAAAAUGGUUAUCUUGGGAAUUCCCUGGCUGUCCAGUGGUUAGGACUGCAAGCUCUCACUGCCAAGGGCCCGGGUUCGAUCCCUGGUUGGGGAACUAAGAUCCCACAAGCUGCACAGCGUGCACAAAUAAAUAAAUAAGUAAAAAGAAUGAAAAUUAAUAAGCUACAUAUUCAAUAAGGGUAGAAAAAGAAAAUAAAAAUAGAAGGAAGAAAUAAAGAUAAAAUCAGAAAUAAAGGAAAAAGAACAGCACUUGAUAAAUUGAAGCACUCAUUCUUCAGAAAUAGACAUUAAAAUAGACACAUUUCUGGCAAAAAAUUUUGAAAAUUCAAGAUAUCCUACCAAAUGCUUCAUAGGUAAUGCAAACUUAGCUCAUCAAAUCUCUGAUUUUCCCCUAAAAUAUUUGUUUCUUUGCCAGCCUUAUAUCUCAGUAAAUUAUACCACCAUCGAAGUCAAAACCCAAGAGUUAUCCUUGACACCUCCGUCUCCCUCAGUCCCCACAUUCAAUCCAAUAUCAGGAUAUGUCUCUUCUAUAUCUGUAGUGGUGACAUAUGGAGUUCAUCACCUCAACAUUUUCACCUUCCUUUUCUCUUGAAAACUGUCCCUUACUCUCACUCAGAAGUACUUUCUCUUUUCCUUUUUCUAUUUCCUUUUUUCCUUUCUUUCCUCUUUUACUCCCUUCAUUUGCUCCUAUUUUUCCCUCAGGUGCAGAGAUUUGAGGCAGUCCUGCUGUUCAGUUCACAUUAUCAUCAACAAGGCCUUUCUCAUUUUAUCUUUUUUUCCUUCAUUCCAAUUCCCAGUCAUGUUCCUUCCCUCUUCAUUCAGUAGCCACUCUAAUGUGUUUGAUAUAUGUCCUUGGAUAUACAUGUAUCUUUGAAUAAUAUAUAGUAUUGUUUUAUAUAUGUAUGUGUUUUAAAUGUACAUAUUUGAUAUUGUGUUAUAGAAAUCAUUGUUUCAUGUUUCUGUAAAUACUUCUAUUGCAUAGUAUUGUCUUAAAUGACCUCACACCCUUGGCCACUGGUCCUGGGCCUAGAUGGGCCAAUCAGAGUCCCUACCCAGAAUUUUUUUUAACUGAAACUAAGAAAAAAAGAAAAUCCCUCUCCAGUUUGGAAGCCGUAAAAUGUAAAACACAGGAGCUGUCAGCAGCCAUGUGUCCUGCCAUGCGGAACCAGCUGGUCUGCAGUGAAAAGAAUGAAGCCGACAUGCAGAAAGCAGCAGAGAACCAUGUGUGAUCAGUACUGCAUCUCCUUUGCUGAUGUUGAGAAAGCACAUAUCAACAUUCGAGAUUUUAUCCACCUCACACCAGUGCUAACAAGCUCCAUUUUGAAUCAAGUAACAGGGCGCAAUCUUUUCUUCAAAUGUGAACUCUUCCAGAAAACUGGAUCUUUUAAGAUUCGUGGUGCCCUUAAUGCAAUCAGAGGCUUGAUUUCUGCCACUUCAGAAGAGAAGCCCAAAGCUGUUGUUACUCACAGCAGUGGAAACCAUGGCCAGGCUCUCUCCUAUGCUGCCAAAUUGCAAGGGAUUCCUGCUUAUAUUGUAGUGCCCAAAACAGCUCCCAACUGUAAAAAAUUGGCGAUACAAGGCUAUGGAGCCUCUAUAGUAUACAGUGAACAAAGCGACGAGUCCAGAGAAAAUGUUACAAAAAGAAUUGUGGAAGAAACAGAAGGCAUCAUGGUACAUCCCAACCAGGAGCCUGCAGUGAUAGCUGGGCAAGGGACAAUUGCCAUGGAAGUCCUAAACCAGGUUCCCUUGGUAGAUGCACUGGUGGUACCUGUAGGAGGAGGAGGAAUGGUUGCUGGAAUCGCAAUUACAGUUAAGGCUCUGAGACCUAGUGUCAAGGUAUAUGCUGCUGAACCCUUGAAUGCAAAUGACUGCUACCAGUCCAAACUGAAAGGGGAACUGACCCCCAAUCCCUAUCCUCCAGAAACCAUAGCAGAUGGUGUCAGAUCCAGCAUUGGCUUAAACACCUGGCCUAUUAUAAGGGACCUCGUGGAUGACGUCUUCACUGUCACAGAGGAUGAAAUUAAGUAUGCAACCCAGCUGGUGUGGGAGAGGAUGAAAUUGCUUAUUGAACCUACAGCUGGUGUUGGAGUGGCCGCUGUGCUGUCUCAGCAUUUUCAAACAGUUUCCGCAGAAGUAAAGAACAUUUGUAUUGUGCUCAGUGGUGGAAAUGUAGACUUAACUUCCCUAACUUGGGUGAAGCAGGCUGAAAAGCCAGCUCUUUAGAAAUCUGUUUCUGUUUAAUAUGUGCAAAAGGAAGAAAAGGGAUUCAGUGUCUAGACACUUGGAAAUUUU